UAAAUAUUCCUCAAAUGGCAUCUACCAAAGUUAAGAUUCCCACCAUAGAUUUUUGCAAUUCUGAGCUUAAACCAAACACUCCACAAUGGGAAUCAACAAAAGUUCAAGUUUUUGAAGCCUUACAAGAAUUUGGUUGUUUUGAAGCAAUAUAUGACAAAGUUCCAAAUGAAAUUAUAGAGGGCAUGUUUGAUAAUUUAAAAGAAGUUUUUGAUUUUCCAUUGUCCAAAUUGAUAGAAUAUAGAGAAAAACCCUUUCAUAUAUAUGAUGGGCAAAUUCCAAGUAUACCACUCUAUGGUAGUGUGAGCUCUGCUGAUUUAGCCCUCCCAAAUAGUGUUGAAACAUUUUCCAAUACCUUUUGGUCUCAUGAAAACCCUAAUUUUAGCAAUGUGGCAAAGUCCUACUUCAAGCAACUUAUGGAAUUGAAUGAAAUGGUGAAAAGGAUGGUUUUGGAGAGUCUUGGGCUAAACANCUCUAUGGUAGUGUGA